AUGGAAUCAACUGGAGGCAAUUGUCCUUUAACUCAUCCUGGUCCACCUCCACCUCCGCCUACCUUACCACACCCUUCUUCAAAAUCAUUUCAUCAUUUACCUUCAUCUCAAACUACUCGAAGACCAAGAAGUAACACCACACCUAAUCAUCGAUGGACACCGCCGAUCAGUCCGAGUUAUAUUCCACCCAACCCAUCAAAUCUAAAAUACUCACAUCAAUCUACUUCUUUCGAAACUACAACGAACCCGGAUACGAACAAAACUUUUACAAGUAGUACAUUAGGAACGAUUGACCAUAUUCGAAAAAAACUUUCAAGACCAUCAUUAAAAAGAGAAGCAACAAGUCCAGUGUAUUUAGAUGAUCAUACGAUUUCAAUACCAAGUAUUGUAAAUAAUUCAACUCGUAGAGUUGCACCUUGUAUGUCAUCUAGAUUGAGAGGUGGUGAUUCAGAUGUUGCAUCGAUUUCUUCUCAAGAUGAAUUUGAACCAAAUCAAAAUCAUCAAAAUCAAAAAGAAUUCAAAGAGAAAGCAGUUAAAGAGAAGAAAAGAAAAGGGAUUGGUCAAAGGAACAAAUGGACUAAAGAAGAAACUGAAGCAUUAGUUAGAGGUUGUAAUACUUUUGCUAUUGGACAAUGGAAAGCUAUCAGAGAUAAUGAUCCAUUACUAGCUAAUCGUUCACCUGGAGAUUUAAAAGAUCGAUUUAGAACAUAUUUUCCAGAUGCAUAUCGAAAACAUUAUCCGAAUGCAAAGACUCAUAUUUCAACUAGAGUUAGAUCUUUAGAUUCACAAGGUAAAUCACUUUUUAGUGAAGGUGCAGGUAGAAAAGAAAGAAAACAAUUUACUUUUGAAGAAGAUGAAGCUCUUAAAAAGGGUUACGCAAAGUUUGGUACUGCUUGGAGUUCUAUACAACGUGAUCCAAUUCUUUCUUCACGUAAAGCAACAGAUCUUCGUGAUAGGUUUAGAAAUGCUUUUCCAGAUUUAUAUAGUGCUGCUGCAGGUUAUAAAUCACGCUCACGGAAGGCAUCAGCCUCAGAUGUGUUCUCAUACUUACCAAAUGAAGGAAGCAGUACAACCGGUCCACAUGGUACAUUCGAAGCAAUGGAUGUGCCUGGAUUAUCGAUUUAUCCUAAUAGGAGUUAUUCUCAAAUGAGACCAGAUACUCGUUAUGAAUUUCCUUCACUGGAUUUUUUAAAGGCCCAUGGGGCCAAUGCGUUUUCAGAUUUUCGUGAAAUGAUUUAUGGUGCUGGACAACUUUAUGAUUCUCAAUACGCUAUAGGUGAUAGACAAAUGAUAAUCGGUGCAAUUCCCAAUCAUCUAACUAACAAUACUACACCUAGACCGAAUCUUACACCAAGACCGAAUGAUACUACACCCAGACCAAAACUCACACUUGAUCAAGCUUGUACGAGUUCUGUGGUAGGAGAUUCAGUACCGAACUCAGCUGAAGGAGACGAGGUUGCUUUAGGACUUUCGAAUUCGAUCACUGGAUCUGUCUUUCGACCACUGCAUAGAACACAAAGCUCCAUGGAUCUAUCUCAAUUCUCUAAUCUUCAUCUAGUAGACGCUCAUAAUCUAGUAUCUCCUACUUCAAGUCAAUUCUCAGGCAAUGGAUAUCAUCCAAUGGAUCAAUUCGAUUUCCCAGCUCCACCAGAUAUGACAUCAAGUUCGGGUUCACCUUAUCUACGUGAGGCUCCAAAUUACUCUUCACCAGAUCUUUCACUCCUACCAGAUCCACCGAAUCAAGCUGGAACAACAAUUGAAGGAUGUUAUUAUCCUCCAGGUCAUUUAUCAGAUCCAUCAUCAUCUGAUUGGUUACCAGAUUUCGAUAUAGCUUCACAGACUUUUCCUAGCGCAUUUGGAUGUGGACAAGGAAUCAUGAAUUUAGCAGAUGCAGAAUCAUCAGUUUCAUCAUUUCAUUCAUCAAGAUCAUCAAUGUCAGAUCCACUGCAAUUGGAUGAACAUGAUAGAGUUUUAUACACUGUUCCUCAAGUAAACCAAUCAACUUAUUAUGAUCAAGUUGGAAAUUCUAAUAAUUCUAACUCAAAUAAUUCAAACAAUAAUAAUAAUAAUGGAAUCAGUACAGCUGCAAAUGGAGUACAUGAAACACUCUUUCCUGGUUCUGAUUCUUCUCCUUUAAUUGAUAUGACAAAUGAUCGCAGUGGACUUUCGACACAUUUUAGAUCUAGAUUAGCUUUUGAAGAAACUGAACCUGAUCAUUUAGUCACAUCUGAAGGUUCAUUCAAUUAA